AGAAACCCUAAAAACCCUUGGCAAGAGUCCUUCCUUCCUGCUUGUGAUUCUGAGAGAAAUGGCAUGGCGUGGUUCCAUCUCCAGGGCAUUGAUGUCCACCGCAAGGACUUCAUCUUUCCGCUCUACUGCUCCCCUCCCUCGCCUCCGUCCUCCGCCGAUUUCGGCUCCCCGCCUUCACUCCCGCCGCCUCGGCAACCCUAGGACCUUGGGAGAAUUAGGAUGCGCACAAUCUCUGUUGCCGCUGGCUGCCGGAGUGCGACUGACGUCACAUCUCACUGUCAAUGUGCGCGCGUUUUGCGAGCUGUCUCAUGGGUGGAAUGGAAAAGAUGGGUGAUAUCAAGCAAUUCCAAGCAUCAAAAGGCAGUUCAGACAUUCAACAUCGUACUUGAAUGCCAUUUGAUUAGGCAAGAGUUGCAAAGAGUGUUGGAGGCAGUCAUAGGAAGUGGGUGGUCAUCCACCAAAGCACUUUGUCUUUGGAAUUGAAACAUUUUUAAUAAGAUUAGAUUCUGUUUUUGGCAUCCUGUUUUGUGACAUGUAGAGUAUGUAGGUAAUUCUCAUUCAUAUUUGGAUUUUAAAGGUUGUUUUAUUUUUGCACCACAAGUGUUUUUGUCAAGUUUCAUAUAUAUUACAGAUUCGGGUGGGAAUUUGGAAUUGCCC